AUGAACACACCUCUGGUCUUCCUCCUCUUCGAAGGAGAGAAGAUUAUUAUCAACAAGAACACUAAGGUACCCAAUGACUGUUCACCAUCAAUAAGGAGGACCACACGAGGAAACAUCAUCAAAUCACAGACACUGAAAGACCCCCAGGUGCUGUUUGCAGACUAUAACGUCCCCCACCCACUGGAACACAAGAUCAUCAUUCAUGUACAAACCACUCCAGAUUUUAGCCCUCAGGAGGCUUUCACUAAUGCUAUCACAGAUCUGAACAGCGAGUUCUUGUUGGAAGAGCGAUUCUGGGUUGCUAUCAAGGAUAAACAAGAAGGAAGUGAGUGGUUCUUGAUGUCUUCUUCAUGCAGUUUCAUAGGAUUAUGA